CGGGUCCUUAGGAAGAUUCAGGAUGUUUCCUGAGUGUUGAGCACACGGUCCGCUUAAAGGGUGCUGUGUAAUUCAACAUCACUGUGGAACACUUCAAAGUCGCUGAGAAGUAAUUCUUCAAUGGCCCAAACGUUUCUAAAAUCAAACAGGCAAAAGGCCGCGAAGAGCAAAAGGAGGUACUGCCACUCUGACUCUGUAUGUGAGACUGGAUUCUACAGUAAAGUAGGUGAAUGAUGGACUCUAACCCUUCCCCCUUUCUAUGGAAUGCAAGGUCAAGACUGCUUCUUGCUCCCACCAUGUCAUCAGGAUGUGUACUUCAGACAAAACAGGAUCUCAGACCUCCCCAGGACAACCUGGGGGAAGCGGUAAAGGAACCAGAAAGGGCCCAGGAGCGCUGUCUGUCCACCUUUCCUGGAGGGCAGCACUUCUUUGAAUACCUCCUCGUGGUUUCUCUCAAAAAAAAGAGUUCAGGGGAUGACUAUGAGCCUACCAUCACCUACCAGUUUCCGAAGCGAGAGAACCUUCUUCGGGGCCAGCAGGAGGAGGAGGAGCGGCUGCUCGGAGCCAUCCCCUUGUUCUGCUUCCCAGAUGGGAAUGAGUGGGCACCACUCACUGAGUACCCCAGGGAGACCUUUUCCUUCGUCCUGACCAACGUGGAUGGGAGCAGGAAGAUUGGAUACUGCAGGCGCCUCUUGCCUGCCGGCCGUGGCCCUCGCCUUCCCAAGGUUUACUGCAUCAUCAGCUGCAUCGGCUGCUUCGGCCUAUUCUCCAAGAUCCUGGAUGAGGUGGAGAAGAGGCACCAGAUCUCCAUGGCCGUCAUUUACCCGUUCAUGCAGGGCCUCCGAGAGGCGGCCUUCCCUGCCCCUGGGAAGACUGUCACCCUCAAGAGCUUCAUCCCCGACUCGGGCACUGAGUUCAUCUCUCUGACACGGCCCCUGGACUCCCAUCUAGAACAUGUGGAUUUUCGUUCUCUGGUGCACUGUCUCCGUUUUGAGCAGAUCCUUCAGAUCUUUGCCUCUGCAGUGCUGGAGAGAAGAAUCAUCUUCCUGGCGGAAGAUCUCAGCACCCUGUCUCAGUGCAUCCACGCUGCCGCCGCGCUGCUCUACCCCUUCAGCUGGGCGCACACCUACAUCCCCGUUGUCCCCGAGAGACUUUUGGACACUGUCUGCUGCCCCACUCCCUUCAUGGUCGGAGUACAAAUGCGCUUUCAGCAGCAGGUUAUGGAUAGCCCCAUGGAAGAGGUCCUAUUGGUGAAUCUUUGUGAAGGAACCUUCUUAAUGUCAGUUGGUGAUGAAAAAGAUAUCCUACCACCCAAGCUUCAGGAUGACAUCUUAGGCUCUCUUGGUCAGGAGACCAGUGAAUCCCAGACAGCUUCAGAACAGCUCAACGAGCAUGUUUCGGGCCCAUUUGUGCAGUUCUUUGUCAAGACUGUGGGCCACUAUGCUUCCUACAUCAAGCGGGAGGCAAAUGGGCAAGGCCACUUCCAAGAAAGGGCCUUCUGUAAGGCUCUGACCUCCAAGACCAACCGCCGAUUUGUGAAGAAGUUUGUGAAGACACAGCUCUUCUCCCUUUUCAUCCAGGAAGCUGAGAAGAGCAAGAACCCUCCUGCAGGCUACUUCCAACAGAAGAUACUUGAAUACGAGGAACAUAAGAAACAAAAGAAAUCAAGGGAAAAGACUGUGAAAUAAGAGCUGUGGUCAACAGGGGGGACUGGACCUACAGGUCAGUUUUGGACUUUGGCCCCUGCCAGCACGGUGGGAUCGGCAAAGCUCCUGAGUCCACGGCCUUACUUCCGAGUCCCGGUAACCACGUCUGUCUGCAAGCUGGUGUCUUGAGUUUGGGAUCCCUGGAAUCAGCUUUCUCAGGACCGUGGAGGGCUCUGACCUCCGUGCUCACGGACCGGGGCUCAAAGCUACAUUUUCUGUGCAGGUGACACAGAACAGCAGAUAGUAACACAGGUGUCGUGGAGCCUUAGAAGUUGCUGUGAAUGCCCUCUUCCAAGAACCAUUAUUACAAAAUCCUCAACAGAGAAAGUACCUGUGGCCCAAAGGCUCAAUCCCUACACAUAAAAAAGAGGUCUGUGGACAUAUGAAGAUAAGAAUAAAGAUGAAAAUCUUGCUGUUUA